GUGGCCCCGCGGAGCCGGCGCGCUCCCGCCUGCAGGGGGAGGGCGGACGGGGCGGCGGGACCGGCCAGGCCUCGGCGGGCGCUGUUUCUCUUUCACUUUCCUUCCUGUGAGGCCGGCGCGCUGGCGUGCGAGGAGCGGCGGCGGCGGCGGCGGCCGCGGGUAUGGGAAAGCAGAACCACCAAAAGGAGUGAUGACCAGCAAUCUCAUGGUAGAUCUGGAUGUUAGUUCUCAUGCCUCAGGAUAUCCAGUUGGGAACUCCAUACCAGCUCUUGGGAUCAGACUUUUAUCCACUUAAAAAACCCUUCAUUACCCGAACUACUGAAGCCAGCCCUAGCUAACUACGAAUGGCUACCCAAAGGAAACACUUGGUGAAAGAUUUCAAUCCGUACAUCACCUGCUACAUCUGUAAAGGGUAUCUGAUCAAGCCAACUACAGUGACGGAAUGCCUCCAUACCUUCUGUAAGACUUGUAUUGUUCAGCACUUUGAAGAUAGCAAUGAUUGUCCCAGGUGUGGCAACCAGGUUCAUGAGACAAAUCCAUUAGAAAUGUUGAGGUUGGAUAAUACAUUAGAGGAAAUCAUAUUUAAACUGGUCCCUGGACUACGAGAACAAGAACUUGAGCGUGAAUCUGAGUUUUGGAAGAAAAAUAAGCCUCAAGAAAAUGGACAAGAUGAUACUUCAAAAGUUGAAAAACCUAAAGUAGAUGAAGAAGGUGAUGAAAAUCAAGAUGAUAAAGAUUAUCACAGAAGUGACCCACAAAUUGCUAUAUGUCUGGAUUGUUUACGAAAUAACGGACAGUCAGGGGACAAUGUAGUAAAGGGUUUAAUGAAGAAAUUCAUUCGAUGUUCUACACGUGUAACUGUGGGAACUAUUAAAAAAUUUCUAAGUUUAAAACUAAAACUUCCAAGUUCAUAUGAGUUGGAUGUGCUGUGCAAUGGUGAAAUUAUGGGGAAGGAUCACACUAUGGAAUUCAUCUAUAUGACAAGAUGGCGACUAAGAGGCGAAAACUUUCGGUGUCUGAACUGCUCAGCUUCGCAAGUCUGCCCUCAGGAUGGCCCUUUGUAUCAGUCAUAUCCCAUGGUAUUGCAGUAUCGACCAAGAAUUGACUUCGGUUAGACCAAGGGGCCUGGACCCCACUGAGAUGAAUCCUGCACUCUUUGUUUACUCAUGGACAGAUUGCACAGCAAGAGGUGUGUGGACUAAAGGGACACAACCAGAUUUUCAGCAUGCAAAUAAGGCCAUUGUCUGUCUCUAAAUUGUCAGUUGCAUUUAUGUUGUUUCUAUUAAGAGCAAACCAAGUGCCAUUCUGCUACUGAACCACCUGUGUAAGUUAUUUGUGCUGUCUCACAGUGUACAGGUCACACUGAGGUCAGCUGAGUGUCAUCCCUGUUGCAGCUUUUGGAAUACUGUGCUUGUUGUCCCAAGACUGUUCUAAUAUUCAAUUACACUAGUAAUAUGGCUCAGUCUUUGUGGUGUUACAGUUUUCACAUACUUUCUCUUUUAUUAAUUCUUGUUCAGAUAGAGUGUUGUACAAGAAACUGGUAAUUAUUAUAUCUGGAAAUGAUUUUAUGUGGCAAAUAUGUUUAGAAAAAUGGUUUUUGAACCACUUUCCUAUUCUCAGUAAGCUUUCUCUGUGCAACAUAGUUCAUCUUUUGGGAAGAAUUCCAAUUAUUCUUUAACAUUAGAGCACAUUGUAAUUGUAGGCAUUUUAAGUCAUCUGUCAGUGUAGUCUACCAACUGCAUAAGGAGGGCCUGUUAGCCCUCCAGGUUGAAAAUGUGUGCGAUUCUGGGAGAACUGAAGCUGGAUUCACAACCAUUCAAAAUGUUGGCAGCUGAUCACAUUUACUUCUAACAAAAUGACUGUGUAAGUAAGGUUCCUCUUCUCUCAUAAUGCCUUACGACAAGCGGGUACUGCUGUGAACCGUCUUUGUGUAGCCAGCCCAUUUUAUGGAUGCAUCACUGUAUUGUUGCUCUCAUUUAAUGAGUACAUUGUUUCUCUUAAGUUGGCCUUAGGUGUGUGUUGCUGUGGCAUGCAGAGGGUUAUGAUGAUUUUAAAUAUUAGGAUCUUUAGAGCAGAUAACAUUAGCUAUUUUAUGGAUUUCAAAAGUCUCAAAACAGUUGUAGAUUAAAACUGUUACCUAUCACAUUUCCAAACCAUUUGCAUAAAAUAGAAUAAAUGCAGUGUAGUAGAUAAAUAUGGUAACCACAAUUAGUGGUCUGAGGAUAUUUCACUUUAGAUCCUGUAGCAAUCAGGGGGGUGGGAUUACUAUUCAUACAUAAGUUUAUUAUGGUCAGAGCUAUGGGAAUGGCCUUGAUUUUGCAGUUUUGUUAAGUCUUCCAUUCAUUUUGAGAUUAGUCUGCAACUCAAAGAAAGUCUUGUUACCUUAAAUUAUAUGAAGAACUUCAUUUAAAUGUUUUAAAAUGUAUAUUUGUUUUCCAAAAAAUUCGUUGGAAAUUGUUUUAUUAAUUGCUUCAGAACAAGUUAACCUCUGAAACUUAGGAAAAAACCUUGAAAGUUAGGAAAAAUAUUUAUUUUAGAAACCUGACAUGAGCACAAUCUGUGUGUUACACACACAGUUUUUAUACUGUAAACAUGGUAGAUGUGCUACAUUUUCCAGUAAAUUGUAUCACACAUUAAUGCCUUCUGAAUAACAAAAUGCUUCUUAGAAAUAAAACAUUGUAGAACUCUAAGAAACACAUACAAAAUACAACUAAGUCUUGAUGCGUUUCACAAUAUAAAAGGCUGAAAUAGCAUAAUUCUUUUUUCAUGUAUCUUUGUUUCAAGUCAAAUAGCCUAUAUUAAAGCUUUCUGUUGUUUUCGUUCUGACUUGUGAAAAAGGUUAUGGCAGUAAUUUCAUUUGUUAGAUUGUGUUUGUGCUUGGAAGGGCUCACAAGCAGAAUUUAAAAGGCAGAUUUUUUUGUUAAAAACCUAUAAAAAUGGUUGGAAUAGACCAUUACCAUUAUACUCAACCAAAAAACUGAAUUAAUUCUUUAGCAACAGAAAUUAUUUUAGCCCUAAAAUCUAACUUCCUGGCAUCCUAAAAAUUUUAAAAUUUAUUAUAAAUUUGUUAAAUCUAGGUCAGUAAAUAAAAUAAUGUUUUACAUUUGGGAAUUUAUUUUAAUUGACUUAAUGCAAAAUGCAUUGAGAGUGCAUUUUAAAAACCACAAAUGAGACCUGGUUGUUUUGGGGGCACCAGCCAAAACCUACAACUUUAAGUGAGUUUUAUGGAUACAAUCUCUUUACAUUUGUCCUGUUGCUUCAUCAUAUGUAAUUUCACUAUUUUCCAAGGAAAUAUAUAGGAAGCAAUUAUGAAAUUUAGAAUAGUUUUUGUGUAUUUUUACUGAAAUGCAAUGGAAUAUGUGCCAAAACGUGUGGAAAAUUUAUAUAAAGAAGGACAUCAGUUGUCGGUGGGGCAAGGUACACAUUUUGUGAUGGUCUUGAGUAAUGCUGUAUUACUACAGAACCACAGACUGCUUCAGCCAAACUCUUUUGAUAUAUUCAACUAUGAUUUUCUAAGUAUGGGACUGCUUUCAUAUCUAGUAAUACACUAAAUCCCAAUUAAUUAUUCCCUAAGUUAGGUUGUGAAAUUUGCAAGAAACCAGAAAUAGAAACAAUAUGCAGAUAACUUUUGUGGUUAGUUUUAUAAACUUAGGGUAGUAGUAAAACAAACUCUUUAUAUAAAUAACCUAUAGGAAUAAUCAUCUGAAUCUGCAAAACUGGGAAAAUAAAUAAAACUAACAUUUUCUUUGGUCUAUUGUUUCUUAAGCAACAACCUGAAAGAACUUUACUUCCAUAAAAGGUUUUGUCAUCUGUUUUCUCUGCUUUAGAUAUCACAUUAGUAAAAAGGUCAAGGAACCUGGGAUUUGAAGGUCCAUAGUUUACACAUAUCACUCUGAGGUAAUCACAUCCAUUAAUAGAAAAAUCAGAAUAUGGCCUUUUCUCUAGAUUGACAAAAUACUUUGAGGAAAUAC